GAUGUGGAAGCGAGCGCUGAUUGGCCGCGGUGUGCCGACGCCAAUGUAUACAGCCCGCCGGCCCCGCGCGCAGCCCACCCGCCGCCCCGGUCAUGGUGCUGGGCCGCGGGCUGCUCCGCCGUUCGAGCCUUGCUGCGCUGGGAGGUGCCUGCGCCCGUCGCGGCUUGGGUCCAGCCCUGCUGGGACUCCUUCUCCACCACACAGACUCCAGGAAGAGCUUGACCGUGGAACAGGGCGCCAUGAAGGUUGAAUCGCUGCCUGCUCUGACUGACAAUUACAUGUACCUGGUCAUUGAUGAUGACACCAAGGAGGCCGCCAUUGUGGAUCCAGUGCAGCCCCAGAAGGUUGUAGAAAUGGUGAGAAAGCACGGGGUAAAGCUGACCACGGUGCUCACUACCCACCACCACUGGGACCACGCUGGUGGGAACGAGAAGCUGGUCAAGCUGGAGCCUGGGCUGAAGGUGUACGGGGGCGAUGACCGGAUUGGGGCUCUGACUCACAAGGUCACACACCUGUCCACACUGCAGGUGGGCUCUCUCAGCGUCAAGUGCCUGUCGACGCCGUGCCACACUUCGGGACACAUCUGCUACCUGGUGAGCAAGCCCGGCAGUUCCGAGUCCCCGGCCGUGUUCACAGGCGACACCUUGUUUGUGGCCGGCUGCGGGAAGUUCUACGAAGGGACGGCGGACGAGAUGUACAAAGCCCUGCUCGAAGUCCUGGGCCGGCUCCCUCUGGACACACGCGUGUACUGUGGCCACGAGUACACCGUCCACAACCUCAAGUUCGCGCGCCACGUGGAGCCCGCCAACACCGCCAUCCAGGAGAAGCUGGCCUGGGCCAAGGAGAAGCACAGCCUCGGGGAGCCCACGGUGCCAUCCACCAUCGCGGAGGAGUUCACCUACAACCCGUUCAUGCGAGUGAGGGAGAAGACGGUGCAGCAGCACGCGGGCGAGACGGACCCCGUGACCACCAUGAGGGCCAUCCGCAAGGAGAAGGACCACUUCAAGGUGCCCCGGGACUGAGGUGCCACCGCCGCCGCCACCUUCAAGCACACUCGGGUAUUGGGACGCGUUAGAUGAAUUUCCGGCUGGGGUGCAGGCCAUGCAGCCUGUGUAAUUUUAAAUUAAUUUCAGAGCGCUUCGCCUGUGUUAUCCAAUGUUCUAAUGCAUAUAUAUAAGUGAAAA